AUGCAAGUUUGGUCUACCAAUCCUACCAAUCCUAACAUUUUUUCAUCACCUGGAGUAUCUACUGAGACAAUAAACAAGCAGGCCACCACUAAUCCUCCAUCUUCAGAUAGAUCAAGGGAGACUGAUCAGGAUAUUUCAUCCCCAGGAAGAGCAGAAGGGAAUGACGGAAUGGUGAUGUUAGUUAGAACACAUCCAGGAGUGUUUAUCAAAUCGGAGACCCUGCAGCAUGCAGUGAGAUCAGCAAAGAAAUCCAACAAAUCAGGAUAUACCCUGUGUUAUAAUUUAUUACCAGGGGUAUUCAGCAUUCAAGAGAUUGCUAUCUCAAGGGGACAAGGGCUUACUAAACAAAAGGAGGGAGAUCUGAGGAAAGUUCUUGAUAAAGACAAAGUUGCUGCUAUCAAAGGUUAUGUUCGUCGCUAGUGUAGGAAAAAUGAAAAAUGUGAACCGAAAGACCAAGAACUGAAUAAUGCUAUAACCGAGCAGGUGUCUCAUUGCCGUAAAAAGCUUAAAAGGGAACAGCAGGAAAAAAGAAAAUGAAGAUCUCUGAAUGCCAGAUAAGACCUUAAAGUGAAAUGUCAAAGAUGUAGCAAUGUUUUAAAUCAUUAUUUUUUGAAAUUGGAUGGAUUAUUAAUUUAUCAAUAUAAAGAUUACCUGAAUGAUAUUUUUGUAACUAUCAAAAUUAAGAGAAAAAGCCUUUGGAAGAGAUUUUAUGUAAUUUAAUACCUAAAUGAUAUUUUUGUAACUAUCAAAAUUAAUACCUAAAUAUUAGUGUGUGUUUUGAUAAAAUAAAUUCUGUAUUUUCUAUACCUGUAUUAUAGUUUGUAAAUUAUAUGUAUACUGUAUACCUCCAAACUUUUUUACGCCUGGACAAUUUUUUUUACGCCUGGACAAUUUUUUUUUACGCCUGGACAACUUUUUUUACGCCUGGACAGUUUUUAUCCCAGGACAAAAUGCUUUACGCCUGGUUUAUAGAAGAGGCGUAAAAUUAGCAUAUUACACCUCUUUUUACGCCUGGUUUCCAUCUCAUUGUACGCCUGGUUUACAUAUAUGGUAUUGAGACAAAAUCCGCCUGGUUUUUGCAGAAAAUGACGCCUGGUUUACGUGCUUUUACCAGGCGUGCAAUUUCG